GCAAUACUUGGAAGUUCUUGGUCAAUUAUCAUACGGUAAAAUAUAUAGAUUGAAAAACAGAAGAUCGGAAAAUCUUGAUCAAGACAACCUCAAUAACUAGACAUAAUGCAAUUUCUUUUGAUUUUGCUCUUAGCUCUUCCCAUAAUCCUCAUCCUCUACUUUCAAACACAUAAACCAAAACUCCCUCCACCGCCACCGGGCCCGCCGCGGCUGCUGCUCAUCGGCAAUCUGCACCACUUCGACGGCCGCUCUCCGCACACGUACCUCCACCGCCUCUCGGAGAAGUACGGCCCCGUCACGUCCCUCAAGCUCGGAUUCCGGCGAGUCGUCGUGAUCUCCUCGGCCGAUGCAGUGAAAGAGAUCAUGAAAUCCCACGACGCCGUUUUCUCUAGCCGGCCGGCUCUCGCUACCGUGCGGAGGCUGACAUAUAACUACCUAGACGUCGCGUUCUCGCCCUACAACGACACGUGGAGGGAGAUGAGGAAGAUUUCCACCAUCCAUCUCUUUAGCACGAAGCAAGUUCAAUCUUUCCGCCCCGUUUUCAAAGACGAAGUGUCGAAGAUGAUGGAGAAGAUUGCUCGAGACGCCGCCUCAUCGGCCGUCACCGAUUUCAGUGAGACGAUGAUGUCGCUUUCGAGUAACACCAUCUGCAGAGUUGCGUUUGGGAAGAGCUAUGGAGACGAAAGGUAUGGAAAGAAUCGUUUCUACGAUCUUCUUCGCGACGCUCAGUCGCUUCUCGGAGGCUUUUUCAUGGCGGAUUACUUCCCUUCGCUUCGAUGGAUUGAUCAUCUCUCUGGAAUGGCUGCAAAGCUGGACAAGAAUUUUCAAGACAUGGAUUCUUUCUAUGAAGAAGUGAUUGAAGAGCACAUGAAUCCAAAUAGGCCAAAAUCCAUGGAAGGAGACAUCGUUGAUAUUUUGCUUAGGAUUAAACAAAAUGGAUCUUUUUCCUUUGAUCUUACACUAGACCACAUCAAAGCACUACUUAUGAACAUAAUAGCCGGAGGCAGCGACACGACUGCAGCUGCUUUAGUGUGGGCGCUGACGGCGUUGAUGAAGAAGCCUUCGUCGAUGAAGAAAGUGCAAGCUGAGAUAAGGCAGUUGGCCGGAAAGAAAGAGAUGAUCGACGAAGAAGACACAGAGAAACUGCCAUAUUUGAGGGCAGUUGUAAAGGAGACUCUGAGAUUGUAUCCACCAGCUCCACUUUUACUCCCAAGAGAGACUACCAAGAAGUGUAGGAUAAAUGGUUACGAAAUUGAAGGUGGGAGUAUGGUGUACAUCAAUGCUUGGGCUAUUGCAAGAGACCCCGCCACGUGGGAAGACGCGGAUGAGUUCUUGCCGGAGAGAUUCUUGGAGGCUGACCUCGACGUGAGGGGUCAGAAUCCGGAGGUGAUUCCGUUUGGAUUCGGCCGGAGAGGCUGUCCCGGAAUAGGUAUCGCGAUGGCUGAAAUCGAACUUGCAUUGGCAAAUGUUUUGUGCAAGUUUGAAUGGGAAUUGCCUCUUGGAAUGAAGGAAGAGGACAUUGAUUUCGAGGUUUUACCUGGAAUCACAAUGCAUAAGAAGAAUGCUCUUCGCCUUGUUCCUAAACAGGUGUUUGCCUAAAUUUAUAUGCCUAUGUGAUGUAAAAUAUUACCCACUAUUUUAACUAUGUUCUAAUUAGCUACUUCAAAAUUCCAAUGCUUUCAACUACUAUUGUAAAACUCUAGUAAGAAAGAAAAGAAUAAUAUUUUGUCCCAAA